AUGGGAAUGGCCAUUAAUGUUGCAGCAGUUUGUGGCGUCACCCACAUCACUAUUGACUCCAGGGCGUCAGCGAAAGACUCUGAAGUCGACGCAGUGAUAAAUGUGAUAGCGGAAGAGAAAUGUACGCAUGCGUACCUGUCGCCGUACAUUUUGUACGAUUUAGUGACGUCUACCGGUGACGUCACACGGCACGAUCUGCGUGCUCUGCGGUACGUACUGAGUGGCGGAGAGCCUCUUCCAGAAUCUCUCCCCGCUAGAAUGUUCACUAAGAUCCCACACGUGACCUUUGUUCAGCUAUACGGGUCCACGGAGAGUAUGCUAGCCCUUUCCCAAGCUAGCUCCCCACAGGACUUGCACGACGGGCUGUUCGGGUGGAUGUUCGGCUGUCCUCAUGUAGAAAUCAAGGUGUCAGCCGAAGACGGGCGUCUGGUGCCGAUAGGAGAGGUUGGAGAAGUCUGUGUUAGAGGUCCUAUGGUGUUCCCGGGGUAUCUGAAUGAACCAAGCAAAACGGCGCUGGCGAUCACUCCCAGCCGGUGGUACGUUACUGGGGACCUGGGCGUUAUGGGCGCUGGAGGUCGCGUUCGAAUUGUGGGUCGGGAUUCAGAGAAGAUGUUCAUUAAGCACGCUACAGUUAAAGUCUUCCCGGCAGAGAUAGAGCUCACCCUUUCUCGUAAUCCUGCUAUUCGGCAAGUCUGCGUCGUUGGAAUUCGCGAUGAGCGUCUGUUUGAAGAGAUUUGUGCCUGUGUUGUCCCCGCCGGUGAAGACAGCGCCGAGGCAACAACCGAAGAGGAUUUUCUGAGUGCAUUGCAUUCUUGGUGCUCAGAAAGAUUCCCGCCGGGACCAGACGGCUUUUCUUUGGCCCCAAAGUAUUUCCUGGUCGUUGGUGAAAUCCCAAAAUUGAGCACAGGAAAGAUUGACCGUGCGGCCGUCAAGAGACAGGCAACAUCGGUAUUCAACCCGUAGAAAACACUUUUAAGUGUUAAAAAAAAGCAGUUUGAACAUUGAACCUAGCCGUCGCAGGUCGCAUUCACAACAGAUGAUCCGCAGACAAACUGGUCCGUAGAUCAAAAAUGGCCGGUCACACUUGAAAGCGAUGCUGCUUAAUCCCAUAAUGGUCUCCCGGCCUACCACACGCGAGAAGCCUGCAGAAACCGUUCUGAAAGCGGCCUAAGACAAGAUGUUCAAAAACACGGACAGUGCCUUUCCCAAAGUUGGCUUAUGUCGGACAAUAUAUUACUCAUACUGUCAAGUUGAAAUAUUUGAGGAUUAACGGAAAGUGAAGUAAACUGA